AUGUCCCGAGGUGGAGGAAGGGGAGGUCGCGGCGGCCGACGAGGAGGCGGGCCCCAGCUGCCCUGGCAAGAAGAUCCCACGCUCAGGGUGGAUGGACGACCAGCCGAGGCCUUUCCUCCGUACGACGUCCCAAUCCCAGCACCCCUCAUCGUCCGCGAAAAGUCCCAGGUCAAAUCUUAUCUCCUGUUCCGUGAGCAAGUCCACGACGGGCCUUUCUACACAGCAACGCGCUCGCGGGACCCAUCGGCCGCCACGCGCGCUUACGGCCAGGAGCAGGUCAACCAGCGCUACGGCCUCAAGACCAAGGCGACCCUAGACCCCUUCACCGCCGUCGAAAUGCCCUCGUCGCGCAUGCGAAAGCCCGAGCGCGCCCUGCCCGACUUCAGCGAACGGCCCUUCAACAAAUCGCUUUUCCCACCCGAGUUGCACGCCACCCUCGACGGCGACGACGAGCCCAACAGCGCCGCUGGCAGGAGGCCAGGCAAGAAGAAGAAGACCAUGACGCUGUCCAAAGUCACAAGCCUGCGCACGGCCGAGGAGAUCUUCAAUGUGCCCGCCGAGGCCGCCGCCGCCGACAGCACCGGCGCUGCGGACCACCAGAAGGCGCUCGAGGCGCUGGACCAGCUGGGCGAGGGCGGCGGGGAAGGCGAGGACGACAUUGACCUGGGGCUCGACGACGAAGACGGCUAUGGCGAGGAGAUGGAUGACGCCUACGACGACGACGACGGUGGUGACUACGAUGCAGAGGGGUACUUUGACAAUGGUGAUGAUGACGACAUGGACGAUGGUGGCGGGGAUGAGGGAGAGUACUAA